AUGAAGUCCUUCACCACCCUGCUUACCCUUACGGCCCUCUUCGCCAUCGCUCUCAGCGCCUCGCUUCCCUCAGCCUCCGCCCGCCACCGCGGCCCCCUCAAGCCCAAGCCAUCCAACCAUCUCAGGUCCAUGGUCGAACGUCUCGUCGCCGACGGAACAUUCCCCGAUGAUGCAAACACACGGCUCUUCUCAGAGUAUCCCAGUGCCGACGACGAAGACGACUUCGACGAAGGCGACAAUUGGAAGUUGAGGAUUACUGGAUAUUCGUGGUUCGACGAUGUAGCUGUCUGGAACUUCGCAUGA